CGUCGCCCCACCAUCUAUAUUAUUGUAGGUAGCUGCGUUGUAACUCCAACCUGGAGCGCUGUUUCCCCAGCCCAGAUAAGCACCCCACUACACUUCCAGAUCCCUGAAAAUACAGCACAAAUUCUAGUUUAACUCAUAAUUUAUACAUUGGAGACUGUACUGUGAAUUUAUUUGAUCACAGACGCACCUGCUUAGAUCAAGUUCCGAUACCGGGGUUAGGUACAUGUAGAAAUCAGCGACCUCGGGGACCUCGAAGUUUCUAUUCGUAUCAGCCCCAAGCCACAAUCAUACGCCACGAAAUUAAUUCGGAUAUCAAUUAAAUCGACAGUCGCGUCGAGGCGCGAUUCACGUGAUCUACGCGUCUCGUUAUCGCCGAGGCCUAGCCUUAUACAACCAGGGUCGCGAAAUAUCUAACCAAGAAUGCUCACCUCUUUUGACGUCAUUCGCACUAUCUAAAGGGAAUAUAUUGAAGACAAGAGAAUUCCCGGUCGAUUACAUAAACCCAUCUUAGAUAUGCAAUACUCCUGGAGAGUGUGAGGAGGCCAGCCAUGUCGUCGAUAGCUUCAUCACCUGUCCCAGAGUCUCCUAAUGGCCGGCAUAAUUCACUUGUCAUUAGAGAUAGGGGCAUGACACCCGAGGGUUCGUCAAAGAGAAAACGAACCUUAACAAAUGGAACAGAACAUGUCAAGUCACGUCGCCGCACGCGCGAGCCCGAGGCUGAGGGUGGUAUCGCCGAAGAGGAUUUCGACCCGGAUCAGUCAAUGGAAGAGAGGCGCAAUUUGCAACGAGGAUAUCGAGAUCUCCUCCGUGAUCUUCAGGAGAAUGGGGACGAAUACUUGAAUGCAGAUUCCACAGGUUUACACGAAACCCUGAGGAAAGCCAACCAACUCUUAUCUAGUGUGAAGCAGACUACAGAGGCUGCUAUCGACUCAAAGCUCCUGGUCAGCACUGCUGAUGCAUCAUACCGAAAAACCGUUCGCCUUACUUCAGGAAACAUUGCUCAGGGCAUUGAUGUCGAUGAAUUUGUCUCAAAAUGUAUUACAUAUAUGAGACUAGGAUCGGGAAUUGCGGAGGAUGAUGCUCCAGAACUUACUGCCACACAACAACACCGACGAAGGCCAGGCCGAAGCAGUCUAGCUAAUGAUGGAGACGAUGAUGAUGAGAUUGGAGAUGAGGGCGAUAUGUUUAACUGGGAACAUCUUGGCCGAUUCGCUUGUCUUCCGAAUAUUCGGCGUCCGGCUACCACUGGUUUUCUCCUAGGACCCCUUUCUGCUGAGGUGAAGAAACGCAAAGUCGUGAAGCGUAGCGCGCCUUUCCGACCUAAUAAUUUGCGAGAGACGCGACCCGAGGUUCUAGACGCAGAAGCAGUACAACGGACCGAGAAAACUGACUUAACUGCUAUCUGCUCCAAGAUCCUCCAAAGACUGAAGCAAGUACAGAAUGAAGCACAGGACGCCGUGGAAGAUGCUGUAAACAACGGCGCUAGCGAGGAAGAUGCGCAAAGAUUGAUGGACCGCUGUGGCCUGAGAGAUACGGGUGGCAUAGAUCUCUUGAAGUUCGUUGUGAACCCACAUUCCUUCGGGCAAACCGUAGAGAAUAUGUUCUACGUCAGCUUCCUAAUCCGAGACGGACGUAUUAAGAUCGAUUUUGACGAAAACAAGUUACCAACUCUACACCCGGUUGAUCGUGAGGAUGAGUCAGCCGCGUCCAAGCAUCGUGCCCAGAAACAGCAAGCCGUAUUCUCCAUCGACAUGAAAACGUGGCGAGAUAUUAUCAAUACGUUCAACAUCACCGAGCCCAUCAUUGAGCACCGCAUAGAACAAAGCCAUCAAGGACCUGGAUCACGAGGAUGGUAUAACUGAUACUCUAUCCCAUAUUGGGUCUGCUAUUGCCUUCGGUGCUAUCAAGAGACGCCUCUCGACGUCCUGUUCAGGUGCUUAGACACUGAAAUGGAAUAUGCUUGUCCGUUCAUGUUUAUAAAUAGACAUUAAUUACAUGUACAGUUGAGAUCCCUUUAAGCUGGUAGGAACACCCAAUUCCAACACCAGCAAUGUCACGAUCAAUUGACUAUAGAUAGCUCCUGGUGGUAGUAAGCGUCAGUUGCUACCACUGAAAUUCAGUAAUCAAUCAUCAGAA